AUGGCUCCCGUCCUUGCUGGGCUUGUGUCUUCCUUCUGUCACGAAAGUAUCAACAUGUCGCGCAGUGCAAUGUUAUCGCGGUGCUUGACCGGCUUGUUGACGCUGCAGUCGGUGCUUGGAAACCCGGUUCCAUCAGGCUAUCCUACGCCGCCUGUGAUCAAGCAUGGCGAAUUGGGCGCUGUAGCUUCAGAAAGCGAUGUCUGCAGCCACAUCGGAGUGAAGUUGUUGAAGCAGGGCGGCAAUGCUGCAGAUGCCAUGGUCGGCACUGUAGCUUGUGUGGGAGUCAUUGGCAUGUAUCAUUCGGGUCUUGGAGGCGGAGGCUUUAUGCUUGUGCGAGCACCCAAUGGCACCUACGAGUUUAUCGACUUCCGUGAGACAGCGCCAGCUGCUGCUUUCGAAGACAUGUACAAGGACAACGAGGACGCCAGCAUCAACGGUGGUCUCGCUUCCGGAGUACCUGGCGAGGUCCGCGGUCUGCAGCACCUUCACGAAAAGUACGGCAAGCUGCCCUGGGCGACCGUUCUCAAGCCAGCGGUCAAAGUUGCCCGUGAAGGAUGGCGUGUCAACGAGGAUCUGGUCAGCUACAUCAAGUCCGCGACCGCAAGCAUGAACGCAACGACCAACUUUCUGCUCAACGAUCCGGAAUGGGCUAUCGACUUUGCUCCUAAGGGUCGCAUUGUUCAACUAAAUGAAACCAUCACGCGGAAGCGCUACGCAGACACUCUCGAGACCAUUGCCAACCAAGGUCCCGAUGCUUUCUACGAAGGUCCCCUGGCAGAGUUCACAAUCAACGCUCUACGGGCCAAGAAUGGCACUAUGACCCUCGAAGACCUCAAGAACUACACAGUCGCUAUCCGCAAGCCGUCGACCAUCACGUACCACGACUACAAGCUCACAGCUUGUAGUGCGCCCAGUGGCGGCGAAGUGGCCCUCUCCGCGCUCAAGAUUGUAGAAGGUUACUCCGGUUUCGGUGACCCAGCCGCUAUCAACCUUACCACCCACCGCCUCGAUGAAGCCAUGAAAUUCGCUUACGGCAUGCGUGCUGAGCUCGGGGACCCGCUGUUCUUGGAAGGCAUUGACGAGUACCAAGAGAAAAUGAUCUCUGCCUCCACUGCAGCAGAAGUGCGUUCCAAGAUCAGCGACACUCAAACUUUCAACGUGUCUUACUACGACCCCAAAGGCCUCGAGUCCCUCGAAACACCAGGCACGUCGCACAUCGUAGCCGCUGACAAGGACGGUCUUGCCAUUACGCUUACAACAACAGUCAACCUGCUGUUUGGCAGCAAACUUGUAGUCCCGGAGACGGGUGUCAUAAUGAACAACGAGAUGAACGAUUUCUCGAUUCCCAACACAACGAACGCAUUCGGCUACAUCCCCAGCCCAGCAAACUUCAUCCGCCCCGGCAAACGCCCUCUGUCUUCCAUCUCUCCUGUAAUCGUCGAACACCUCAACUCCACACUUGCAAACGCUUUUUACGUUGCUAUCGGUGCAGCUGGCGGGAGCCGUAUCAUCACUGCAACACUUCAGAACCUGAUUCACAUCCUCGAUGGCAAUCUUACAACCGCAGAAGCGCUGGCCCAGCCAAGAAUCCACGAUCAACUCGUACCGGCGCAGGUCAGUUUUGAGCCAACGUUCAACAACGGCACAACGGCAUUCUUGAAAGCAUUGGGCGCAAACGUGACAUGGGCCGCAGCAGGAAGCACAGCGCAAGGGCUGAGGAGGUUGAGCAACGGUACGUUCGAGGCGGCUGGUGAGCCGAGACAAAAGAACAGCGGUGGGUUCGUUGUUUAG